AUGCGCUGUCACUUGCUUAAAUCCCUCUCCAGUUUCAGAGGCUCCCAUCUCCUUGUGCACUCCAGUCCUCCGUGCUCUCCAGCAGUCGCUUUUGUCCAACUGGUGAGUUCUCACUCGAGCUGGACUUGCCUGAGAGACUCUGCACGCCCGUCAUGGCCACACUGCAUGCGCUGGGCCACUGGCCUGCCUCACUCGCCAGCCAAGGCUCUGCGAGCGCUUCACACCUCCGCCCACCUGUGCCAGGAGCUCCGCGAUGAACCUCCGCCCCGCCAGAGUGCUGCAAACCAGGGCACCAAGCCGGCUAAAGCUCCAGCAAAACCAGUUGCAGAGACUCCCGUGGGAAACAAGUCUUUACGCCAAAAAAUGGUGGAUGAACUGAGACACUAUUACAAUGGGUUCCACUUGCUCUGGAUUGACACCACGGUGGCUGCCAGGAUGGUGUGGAGGCUGGUACACGGGCAGGUCCUCAGUCGGAGGGAGAGGCGGAGGUUGCUGAGAACUUGUGCGGAUCUCUUCCGGCUGGUUCCUUUCCUGGUGUUUGUCAUUGUCCCCUUCAUGGAGUUUCUGUUACCUGUGUUCUUGAAACUCUUUCCUGAAAUGCUGCCCUCGACGUUUGAGACUGAGUCCAAAAAGGAAGAAAAGCAGAAAAAGAAAUUAAAUGCAAAGCUGGAGUUAGCAAAGUUCCUGCGGGAGACCAUUGCAGAGAUGGCCAAAAGGAACAAAGCAGACACGGGACAAGGGAAACAAUUCUCUUCCUACGUGCACCAGAUUCGUCACACGGGCCAUCAGCCCAGUACCCAAGAGAUCGUGCGCUUCUCCAAGCUGUUCGAGGAUGAGCUGACCCUGGAGCACUUGGAACGGCCGCAGUUGGUCGCUCUCUGCAAACUGCUUGAGCUGCAGCCCAUUGGCACCAACAAUCUGCUCCGCUUUCAACUUCUGCUGAGACUCAGGACUAUCAGGACAGACGAUGAAAUGAUUGCCAAGGAGGGAGUCAGUGGCCUAAGCGUGUCCGAACUGCAGAGCGCGUGCAGAGCCAGAGGAAUGCGAUCGCUGGGUCUGUCGGAGGAGCAGCUAAAGGAGCAGCUCAGACAGUGGCUGGAUUUGCAUUUAAAAGAGAAUGUUCCACCUUCUCUGCUCCUGCUUUCCCGGGCCUUGUACCUAAUAGAUGUAAAGCCACAAUCUGUUCCGGUUCCACAAAAUAAGAUAGGUGAAACUGCUGAAAUCCUGACAGCUCUUCCUGAAGGUCGAGAGGCCCUAGUGGAUCCUGCACCCUCUGUACAGGGAAGAAAGAAUGAAGAAUUUGUAUCUCAGCCAACAGAGAAAUUGCCGGUCUCAGAAGUGUCAGUUAAGGCUCCCCCACGAGAGGCUAAACUGGGAGCAUCUCAGAGCAGCAAGGCUGGUGCCAAUGGAGCCUAGCCUGGAGCCAGCAAGGACUGUCUAACCGUGGGAGAGAAGAGCUUUCGUCUCUGCACCUCUUUAAAAGGGAAGAGUGAUUUUCCAGGAGGCUGCUUUGCACACCAAGGUGUCUGUAGCCCUCAGG